CGCACUUCGGCAUCGCUUCUCUCCGCCCCCGCCAUUCGUCGGAUCUCAUCAUCAACUCCACUCCUCGACUCUGAUAACCACCACCAGCUUCUAUCGACUUCUCACUCACUCUCACUCACUCACUCACUCACUAAGCUUCAUCUUUUACUACCACCACAACUGAACGUGGGUUUACUCAACCCAGUGACACAUACCCGCCCGCUAUCGAGCACAUCUUCGUUUGUGAUUACAUAUCAUGUCUUCCCGUCCUUCAGUUGUCGGCCCAGACUCCGGCCCCGAGGCCCCUUAUCCGCUUCACAUGGAAGGCAAAGUGAUUUCUGGUUUUGGCCGCGGCUCCAAAGAGCUCGGCAUCCCAACUGCCAACCUCCCUGUUGACGAGGCCCUCACACCAUGGAUCGCCAACAUCUCCUCUGGAGUCUACUUCGGCUAUGCCUCUCUCGCUCUGCCCACGACACACCCGGACAUCCCAUCGGCUUCAUCCAACGAACCUCCCAAGGCUGGCACAGAGGAUGCUCUCCUCGCUGCCGAAGCCCCUGCUAAUCCUCCUUUCCACAUUUUCCCCAUGGUUAUGUCCAUCGGAUACAACCCCUUCUACAAGAACACAGUUCGCAGCGCAGAGGUUCAUGUGCUGCACAAGUUCACCGCAGACUUUUAUGACGUGCCCAUGCGUCUCCUCAUCCUCGGCUUCAUCCGUGAGGAGAAGGACUACAAGAGUCUGGAGGCUCUGAUUGAAGAUAUCAACUUUGAUUGCGAGGUUGCAAAGAACAGCCUUGCCCGAGAGGCCUGGGCUCCUGCAAAGGGACGUGUUGUUGGCGGUAAAGAUCUUGAGGGCAAAUUAGAUGUCCAGUGGUUACUUCGAGAUGCCUAAGAUAGACCCGAGAGAAAUAGAACAUGGAAAAAAGUGGCCGGGAGUUAUGGAUAGAUAGCAACAUAGAAGAGCUGGAAUCUUUUUUAGAAAGUCAUGGUUGUUUCAUUUCACAUCUGCUCAACUACCUGGGUAUCAUGCGAAACCCCCAUCUGCCUGACUUAUAGCACUACCAAUAAACUAUGCAGCAUCAAAGCUAAUCUUCUAUGCAAA